AUAACCCGUUCCGGUUCCCCCUCUCUUCGUCGCUUGUCUAGGGUUAGGGUUUCUCUUCGCCCCCGCGCCGUUCCACUCGUAGAGGAGAAGCAGCCGAAGCCGAAUCAACAAUGGAGCAAACCUUCAUCAUGAUCAAGCCCGAUGGCGUUCAGAGGGGAUUGAUCGGCGAGAUCAUUAGCCGAUUCGAGAAGAAGGGCUUCUACCUCAAAGGGUUGAAGCUCAUGAGCGUGGAGAGGUCCUUCGCGGAGAAGCACUACGCCGAUCUCUCGUCGAAGCCCUUCUUUCCCGGGCUCGUGGAGUACAUCAUCUCGGGCCCCGUCGUGGCCAUGGUGUGGGAGGGGAAGGACGUGGUUUUGACCGGUCGCAAGAUCAUCGGGGCCACUAAGCCCUCUGAAGCCACUCCCGGGACCAUCCGUGGAGAUUUUGCUGUUGAAGUUGGAAGGAACGUUAUCCAUGGAAGCGAUUCCGUCGAGAGUGCAAGGAAGGAGAUUGCCCUGUGGUUCCCCGAAGGCAUUGCCGAGUGGCGGAGCAACCUCCACCCCUGGAUUUACGAGGCUUAAGUUGCUAUCUCUCUAUUAGUUUUAACUAUUUCAGAGGGGUAUGAAUUCAAGGAACUGCUCUGAAUUUGUUGCUUAGUAUGUCGCAGUAUGUUUGCGACCUGGUUUGCCUUCUUAGCACUGUCAAAUUCUAGUAUCGUGGUUGCGUGAGCUAGUUUUGGAAACCAACAUAAUUGCUUGUCAUGGGCUUUUAUAGUUCUUAGGGUGAUGAGAUGGAAUAAAAGUAUCUUAUUAAAAGAUUUUUGGAGCCUUACUAAUA